ACUACACACUGAACUCAGGGUUUCAGGAACAAAAUGUACUGGCUUUGAGUAUUCACAUGGAGGCAGGGCCACUGUGAUUCUGCUCUGUCUGAUUUCCCAAACGGAACCCUCCUGGGAAAAGGCACAAGAAGAGGCUCAUUUGUUUCCCGGCAGAGGGUCUCCUCCCACCACCCCCACGACCACACGGCAACCAUCUGCCCCAUCUUCACAGACAGGCUGCCUGCCCUGCCUGUGCCUGCCAUCUCUGCUCCCGCUGAGCCGCGUGAGCCCGCAAGAAAGGGAGGCCCAAAUGAGGACUGUUAUCAGUGCGUAACAAAGAAAAGGGUCUGAGCUUCAAGAGCUGCAGAAAAUGAUUGAGAGCCUCCAGAGCCCCCAAGACCCCACUCUGCUGUCCCAGGUCCUCCUCCUUCGAAGGGAGGUUAUGUUUCUGCAGUUCGACGCUGUAGUGAGGUACCUAAUCCGAAGAACAUUUUUGGCAGCUGGAAAUGCUCCUGCCUACCAGUCUGUCACAGAUGACAUGUAGCAUGGGUUGCCGCCACUGAGCAACUCUCUCAUGAAGAGCAUCUUUGCUUCCCAGCUCAGCCUGCCACAGCCGCUGGAUCCACAGAGCCUCCAGCUAUGCCUCUGUAGGCUGAGUGACCAUGACCUCAAGGUAGCUCAUGGAGAGCUGGCGGGCAUGCAGCUGCUAAUGGAAGAUGUCCUUCUGAGUAACUAUCAUAUGAUCAUGGAGGGUCCCCCAGGAUGGCAGGCCACACUGGACAAAAAUACACAGCCAGAUUUGUCCAGAGUGCAAGGAUUCAGAAGUCGAUUCCAAAGCAGCCCAAAGACCUCCAGGCUGCUGGGGGGCCCAUGUGAUGCAGUGAUGUCCCUUGCUUUGCUGAGAUCAUUUCUGGUGCUCUGGAAGCAACUGGAAGUGCUAAAGGAUCACUGGGGCCGACUCAAGCUGUGAGGCCAGGACAUCAAUUCUCCCUCUCUCCACAAACAGUUCUCGGAGCUCUAUGGAACUGACAUUCUCUACCCCAGCAUGAAAGCUAUAGCUAGGCGGAUAGGGAAAGAAGAUGAAUUUGAAGGACUUAUAAUAAGUAGUAAGUCUACUCUUCUCCCCAAAGGAGCUUCAGAAAUUGAAAUAAAAACUCAGCAGUGGCUCUCAAACUGCUUACUCUAUCUUCAGAAACUUCUGGAAAAUCUUGAAAUUCAUAUGAUCCAGGAGGUAUUAGUUAACAGAGAGAUAACACUGGUUGUAUCAGAAAAGUCCAAGGAGCAGCAUACUCUCCCUAUAGAUCUUUGGAAACACCAAGUCAUGAAGGAAAACUUUUCAGUUAUCAGACCACAAAUAGUUGAAAAUUUUGUACAGAGAUUACUGGAGAAUUACCAGGAUGGUGGACUAGAGAUCACUUUCAGGAAAGACCACCUCGAGGCCUGCCUCCUUUCCCUGGGUUGUGACAUGAUGGCCAGAGAACGCAGCAACUUCGAGAACUACUCCAUGUGUUACAAGCAUGUAUUGGAGCAUGCUAGGCAGAAGCUCUGCCAGAAAGAGCAAGAAUUAGACAUUAUACGAAGAGGUCAGAGUCCACCUGAAGACAAGGCUGGUCAGAUUGCAGAGCUCAGUCACAAUAUGAUCAUGGAAGUCACUGCCCUGAGAGCUCGACUCACGGAUUUGGAGGAGGAGACUCUGAAUCUCAAAAAGCAAAUUCGAAAAGAAGUCCAAGAAGAAUAUGAAGCAUUAGUUCAAGCUUUGUUUGUGACAUGUUUGCACAUCACAGAGAAGCUGGAUGAGAAUCAGCUUAAUUUGAUCCAGAAAGUGUGUGAGCUCAUCGGUGAAGUAAGAACAGAAGGGAUUGACAAUACGAAAGAAAGCCUGAAGAAGAAAUGGGGCUCCGCCAGACCUGAUGAAGAAAUGAAAGAAAAUCCAGCCAUAGAGCAGCUGCUGGCCUUGGAGCAGGACAACUGCAGCCUGGCCACCCUGGUGCGCAAAAUGAGGAGCCUGGGCCACUGGAGGCUGGCGGUGCAGCAGGCGCACUUCCGGGGCCAGCUGAGCAGGGCUGAGAAGGAAGCUAUGCAAAGUAAAAAAGAGUGUUUGAACAUCAGACUAAUGGCAGAACAAGAAGUGGUUUUAUUUUGUCAAUACCUAUUGGCUCUAAGGCAGGCCCUGGCCAGGGCUUAGGCAGACAACGUGAGGAUAUGCAAGCAGCAGGAGAGCCAGGCGCAAUUGCUGAAAGAAUUAGAACGCAGAGUGACCCAGGAAGCUCUCCACCAGCAGCAGCUGGAUUUAAUGAAAACCUGCAGCAUGGAGAAGCUUUUGGAGGAUGUGGAGCAAAAGGAACAUCACCUGCAGCUCCUUACUGAAGAAGCCAAGAGGGCUUCUAAACUGGGCCAGCUCCAGCAGAAGAAAAUUCAGAGAGAACUCCGACAGAUGAGAAGCCGGCUUGCCCACGAGCGUAGCGUGGAGCUGGACACUUUCCAGUGGGUGGAAGAGCUACAAAGUCAGCUUAAUGACACUGAGAGAUCCUCCGCCCAGAGGAGCUCACCAGGCGGCCUUAUAUCCCAGGCUCACUACUCCCUAAGUUCUGCUUCCACAAUCCAGAGACACCCAGCAACACCUUUUAAAAAGACUCACCUCAUGGGCAGUAAAAUAACAAGAAGGAUUCAAAGGCCAAAGACUGUACCUAUUAAACACAAGAAAAGAAUUGACCAUGUCUUCCUACCCAAUGUGGCAGAAAAUGUUCAACUUUCAGCUUUUCAAGUUAAGAUGGCUCCAUCCAGAAUCCCAUUCAGACCUGACUGGAGCUGGGUCAAAAAGGAUCUUGCUGUGAUUCCAGAUGCAGUAUCUCUACUGGGGCAAAUGAGUAUGCCCUUGGCACUUGUUAUGCUGUUAUAAUGCCUUUUGCUCCAUAUCAAAUUGCAAGGACCACAAGAGGCAGUUUGCUUUUACCUGGAAGGGCCAAAAUAUACCUUCAAAUUCUUGCCUCAAGGCUUCGUCAGUUCUCCUGCUCUGUCAUGAUAUAGUUCAUAGAGACCUAGAGCAUCAUGAUAUUCCACAAACAUCACACUGAUCCACUACAUUGACAAAAUUACGCUGAUUGGAUACGAUGAGCAGGAAGUAUUAAGUACUUAGGUGCCUUAGUAAGACUUGUAAGAACUAGAGGGUGAAAGAUAAAUCCUACAAAACUUAACUGCAACAAAGUUUCUGGGGGUUUAGAGCAUGAUGAACCCCCAAGAUGAAAGACAUAUUGCUUCAUCUCACAGUAUGUUACCAUGAAAAAAGAGGUAUGGUGCUAAGUAGGCCUUUUUGGAUUUUAAAGGCAAACAUAUACUAUAUUUGAGUGUGCUACUUCAACCAACCUAGAGAGUCACCCAUAAGACUACCAAUUUUGAGUAGGAAAUCACUCAGGAAGGCCCUGUUAUGAAUUUGAGUUAAAGUAUAAGCUGCUCUGCCAUUUAGGUCCUAUGAUCCAACAGAGCCAAUGAUACUAAGUGUCCGGGAAUAUAGGGACACAGCAUGGAGCUUCUGUCAAGCACCAGUAGGAGAAUCACAGGGCAGACCCCUAGGAUUUUGGAGCAAAUCUUUGCCCUCUUCAGAAGAUAACUAUUCUCCUUUUGCACCUUGGUAGAGACUGAAUGUCUAACCAAGGGAGAUUAGGUGAUCAUGUAGCCCGAGCUUCCCAUCGUGAUUUGGGUGUUGUAGGACCCACUUAGUCAUAAACUUGAGCAUGCACAGCAAUCUAUCAUCAAUGGAAAUGGUAUACAAUAGACUUAGCUUGCUUGAGCUGGUCUGCAAGAUAAAAAUAGUGUUCUUGAACACGUGGCUCAGACUCAAUACCAACUCCCAUUGCCUCUUCUCUCUCAAUCCAUACCUCUGACCUGAGGUGCUCUAACAACUAGCUGGCCAAAAAAGAAAAAAAAAAAAAAAAAUCAAGCCUGCUUUAUAGAUAGGUCUGCAUAUGUUGGUUCCACCCAAAAGUGGACAUAUGUAGCACCAGGGGUGGACCUGAAGGACAAUGGUGAAAUAAAAUCCUCCCUGUGAGCAGAAUUUUGAGAGUACAUUUGGU